AUGAUAAAGCUGCAAGUGAAAAUAAUGCUAUGGAUUUUUCUAAUUUCGACAAGAAUUAUAUGCGGCGCGCAAAUUGAAAACAUAAAUUCCAAUGAGCUACUCGCCUUCGAGGACUUUCUUCGCGCCCAACACUUGAAGCAUGCACUGCUCCUGCUGCCUGGACAUAACCGGACCAGGCAAAUUGAAAAUUAUAAUAGAUUGUUCUCCAACUAUACCUUGCAGUUUUUCACGUCACAAAAGGGUUUAAAUUUUCAAAAAUUAUUUUACUAUGAGUCACCACGCGUUGGCGUGCUUGUCGACGUCCUUGAGAGUGAGCACAUUAAGCGUUCUGUCUAUUGGGCUGCCUCCGAAGAGGGCUAUUUCAACAGUACCCAAGCAUGGCUCAUGCUGGGUAGCAAACUGGCAAAUCGGACGGAUGAGCACAUCAUUAGACAGCAUUUGUCUGCUUAUAACAUAGACAUUGAUGCAGAUAUAACAGUGGCGAUGCGAUGGCCACAAUCGGACAAUAUGAGUUGGCUGCUCUAUGAUGUUUACAAAAUGGGUAAGCAGUCGCCAUUGUGCGUGGAGCCCAAGGGCAGCUGGAGCCUGUCCGGUGGGUAUCAGAUCUGGGCGAACUACAGUGACAGCUGGUUGCGACGUCGCAGCAACCUGUGUAACAUCACACUGAUAGGCAGCACGGCGUUGAUUGAGAAGCCGACGGGCAUGGAUGCUAUGAGCUACCUGAGCAACAAUUGGGAUAUGCUGCAACUGGAUCCUAUGCAGCGCAAAACAUAUCAGCUGUUUGUGUUAAUGGCUCGAAUGUAUAACCUGAGCUUGGAUGUGCGCUAUCAGACGACUUGGGGACAACUUCUGCCAAAUGGCAGCUGGACGGGAGUUAUGGGUCAUAUUACAAGUGGCGUUGCACACUUUACUGUUUGUCCUCUUAGAUACCUGCCAGACAGACAAAGUUACAUACAGUACACCCCUUUGCUACACACUCAACUCAUACACUUUUUGUUUCGCCAUCCGCGCCGCAACAGCAUACGCAACAUUUUCUUUGAGCCACUCAGCCCACAAGUGUGGUGGUGCGUGAUGGCUCUGAUGGUGGGUAGUGCAUUUAUGUUGCUGCUGAAUGUACGUCUAGAGCAGCACCUGCAACGGCAGCAAUUGCAACCGCAACAACAUCAGCAGAAGCCGGUGGAAAACGAGAUUUCUUUUGUGUGGUUCACCAUACUGGAAACUUUUUUGCAACAGGGACCGGCAACGGAUCAAUUCCAGCUUCCAUCCACACGGAUUCUGAUUAGCGUCACUUGCAUCUUUAGUUUCAUGCUGAUGCAGUUUUAUGGUGCUUUCAUUGUGGGUUCCCUGUUAUCCGAUACGCCGCGGAGCAUUGUUAAUAUGCAAGCAUUAUUCGCGAGCAAUCUGGAGAUUGGCAUGGAGGAAAUUAGCUAUAACUUUGACGUUUUUAACAAAACCACCAAUCCGCUGGUGCAAGACAUAUACAGGCAGCGCAUUUGUCGAGAUCGACGGAACAAUAUUUUAUCUAUAGAAGAAGGCGCAAAGAGAAUUAAACAAGGCGGGUUCGCAUUCCACGCAGCCAUCGAUCGCUUGUACCGCCUGCUUCAGAUGCAGCUGGACGAGAAUGAGUUUUGUGAGCUACAAGAGAUUAUGUUCAAUCCGCCCUAUUUGUCUGGUGCCGUAAUGCCUAAGAGCUCGCCCUGGCGUGAGCAUCUCAACUAUGCCAUGCUCUAUCUAAACGAAAUGGGUCUAAUGGGCUACAAUGACAAGGUUUGGACAGUGCCCAAGCUGGACUGUUCGAUGGUCAACGAUGCCGAGGUGGAGGUGGACCUAACACACUUUGCACCCGCUCUUUUUUUUAUGGUCCUAGCCAUGUUGGCUAGCACGCUAGUGUUUCUGCUCGAACUGCUGCUUGGAUGCCUUAAACCCAAGGCGAAAGCAACUGCUUAAUGUCUUUGCAUUCUUAAUAAUGUUGUUGUAAUAAAAAAUGUGUUAUAAUGUCAGCAU